CAUAAAAACACAGUACCAUCUCGCACAAACCUCACAUCUGUGUUAGGGUUUUUGCUUCUCUCCCACUACACUCCUAACCGUCUACCUCCGAGGUUAAAGAGACAGCCGCGCUUUUGCUGUCCGCCUUGACAGAACACUAUCUUUUGUGUCUUGGCCCUCAGUUUUGCUUUAAUCUUUACCUUCCUUUUAGUUUUAGAAACUAAACUAGUAAAAAAUGGUGAACAAACUAUCAAAGGCUGAUAAGAAAAUCGCUUACGACGCUAAGCUGUGCCAAUUACUGGAUGAGUACAGCCAGAUCUUGAUUGCAGCAGCUGAUAAUGUUGGGUCUACCCAGCUGCAAAAUAUCAGGAGGGGUCUUAGAGGUGACUCUGUGGUGCUCAUGGGAAAGAAUACCAUGAUGAAGAGGUCUGUUCGGAUCCAUUCUGAAAAAACUGGAAACAAAACUUUCCUUAACCUUAUCCCUCUCCUUCAGGGUAAUGUCGGGUUGAUUUUCACUAAAGGUGAUCUCAAGGAAGUGAGCGAGGAGGUUGCGAAGUAUAAGGUUGGAGCUCCUGCUCGUGUUGGUCUGGUUGCCCCAAUUGAUGUUGUUGUACCUCCUGGCAACACAGGGCUUGAUCCAUCCCAGACCUCUUUCUUCCAGGUGCUCAAUAUUCCAACCAAGAUUAACAAGGGUACAGUCGAAAUUAUCACCCCAGUCGAGCUGAUCAAGAAGGGUGACAAGGUUGGCUCUUCUGAGGCUGCUCUACUGGCAAAGCUUGGCAUUAGGCCAUUUUCUUAUGGUCUGGUUGUCUUGUCUGUUUAUGACAAUGGCUCUGUCUUCAGCCCCACUGUGCUUGACCUGACAGAGGAUGACCUUGUUGAGAAGUUUGCUACUGGUAUCACUAUGAUCACCUCCUUGUCACUGGCCAUCUCGUACCCAACCCUUGCUGCUGCACCACACAUGUUCAUCAAUGCCUACAAGAAUAUUCUUUCUGUUGCAGUUGCAACUGAAUAUUCUUAUCCUCAAGCAGAGGAAGUGAAAGAGUUCCUGAAGGAUCCUAGCAAGUUUGCUGUCGCAGCAGCUCCUGCCGCCGCCGCCGCCGCCGCUCCUGGUGGUGCCCCAGCUGCUGCCAAGGAAGAGGAGAAGAAGGAAGAGCCAGCAGAAGAGUCCGAUGAUGACAUGGGUUUCAGCCUUUUUGACUAAGUUUUAUUUUGGUUUUUAUCUAGGAAUUUACCAUGCUGUGGCUAAUAUCACUUAGUUUUUCCUGUAUUCCUGUUCUGUCUUCCUAGUUUUUUCUGACAAUUUGUUAUUAAAUUACUGAGCAAGUCAUGAAAGCAUGGUAGGAUGUUUUCCUGUGAUUCUUAUUUAAAUCUUUUGAAUUUUGUUUA